UUCGCAACCAUUUAUCCCCAGGAUGGGUGCAUCAUGAGCUUCAAAAAGCGAGAAGCUGUUUCUGCUUAAUAGAUAAUUCCUAUGCUAUACUACUGUCACCCCACCUCCGCCCGUUGUCCCUCUCUACUAUCUCUCCAAAAACUUUACUUCUCUACUAUAAUCGCUUUCCCCAUGUUCCUUUUUACAAUUUUUGUUUGCCUCUCCUCCACCGUCGCUGUGGAUCCGUUUUUGUGCCUUUAUUUAAUUCUUCCUCUCUUUGAAAUCCUAAUACUUUUUUUCCCACUUUCUAUAAAUUAUUCAGCUACUUAAUACAAGACUUAUAUGUUGUAUACAUCUUCAUGAUCAAACCUAUUGUACUCCGGCUUAUAGAUGUGCCUUAUUUCAAUUUCUGAAUUUAUCAGA